UUCUUCAGUGGAAAGGAUCAAUGAAAUGAAUAUACAUUCAGUAACCGUUUCUUCAGUGGAAAGAGACUGGGGCAUGAGCACAGUCAGCAAUUUUGUUUUUCAGUGGACAGUGACAAUGAACAGAAAAAAUAUUUUUUAACUUUUUCUUCGGUGGAAAGGGACACUGAAAAGAGCGAACAUUCAGUCAUUUGUCUUCAGUGAAAAAAAAAACAAUGAAAUUCGUAAUUUCUAGAUAACGUUCUCUUCAGUGGCAAGAGACUGAGCCUACUAAACAUUCAAUGACAUUUUCGUUGGUGGAAAGAGGCCAUGGAAAGAGUGAACAUUCGAUCAUUUUUUCUUCGGUGGAAAGAAACAGAACAAAGAGCACUUUCAAUAACUAUUUUUCAUUGAAAGAAAUCUGAAAAGGAAAUUCUAAUUUUCAUUCAGUGGAAAGAAAAAGUUUUAACUUUUUUUCAGUGGCAAGCACCAAUGAAAACAAAUUCUUAAUACCUCCUUUUUUAAUGUAAAUAGACAAUGAAAAGAGCAGGUAUUUAAUCCCUUUUUCUUCAUUGGAAAGAGACAAUAAAAGCAGCUAACUCGCAAUAAGUUUUUCUUUAGUGGCAAAGAACAAUGAAAAGAAUAAACUCUAUAGCUUUUUCAUCAGUGGAAGAAGUCAGGAAAAGAGCAAAUAUUCAGUCACUUUCUUCAGUGGAAAGAGACAAUUAAAAGUUAAAAGACCACACCCAACGAUUUCUUCAGUGGUCAGAAACCGUAAACAAUAACGAACGGUAAAUACAUUUUACUUCAUUGGAAAAAGAUAUUAACAAGAGCAAACAUUCAAUCACUUUUUCUGCAGUGGAAAGAGACUAAAGAGACCAAUCACUCAAUUAGUAAUUCACCAGUGAAAAAAUCAGUAAAAAGAAUAAACCGUUAGUACCUUUGUCUUCGGUUGCAAGCGAGAAAAAUCGAGCAAACAUUCAAUCAACAUUUUCCCCAGUGGAAAGAGACAUCGCCUUUACAUCCGUGGAUAACGAAGGAGGAGGUGUGUGUGCUGGGAAUAGUCCUUGGCUUUCGCGGCGAUGCCCAUUGGGAGAUUAUGCAAAUGAGGAGCGGUCUCUGGAUUCACUUUAUUUAGGGAGACAACAGGCCGCUGCCGAACUCAGCCUGGUCCUAUUGUUUGCCCGAGUGAGUGGCUCGAAGAUAUUGCUCCCAUCAGGUACCUGUUGGGGGUGUGGCUGGUGGUGGACCAGGGGUGGCACCAGUGGAGAGGAGUGGGAGGAGACAUCACCUUUUGUUUGGCUCGAAGAUAUUGCUUCCACCAGGGGUGUGGCAGGUGGUGUACCAGGGGUGACCCCAGUGGAAGUGCGUGGGAGGCUGGAGGCUGGCUUCCGAGAGUAAGCAGGACAAAGAUCACUGUUAUUUUCACGCUUUAACUACUGAAUCGUGAAUGAGCCUCUGUACAUCAAACUGCCAUAACAUCGUCAGCUUCGUAUACCUAUGUAGAAAGCUCAUCAGUUCCACGUCAAGACCACGCACACACAUUGAUAUUUUAUCCACGAAGUUUAGCAAUGUUGGCUCAAGCCUGCUACUCUUGAAUAUCCUUGGUGACACCACUAGAGGUGGGGAAAGAUGCAGAGGUUGUGCCAUCAACAAACCAGCAACAACAGCAACAAGUCCAAAGAAGGGAGAACGCCCUACAUCCAAGGGAAAACAAUUGAAGGUACAGACUUCCAAAGCCUGCCAGUAGUGGGAUCGAAACAGUCCCAAGCUGAACCGUGCACUCCACAGGGAAGAACAGUUUCAUGUACAGUGAAUGAAGGAAGAACUUGCCAGAGAAAAUCCCCAGCCUCGACUAGAGAUUUCACCGGAGCCGAACCUGCUCGCAUCACACAAUGGAGCUUACAUCAGCUGGCAAUUAUCUUCUCGGGUGAAACACGGACGAGACUGACCAAGGAACAUGUUACCCCAGGGAAUAAAGAGGAAGAAAAACAACGCGAGCACUCUACCGGACCGAGAACUGUGGGCUCCAUUACUUCCAUGAAGUGAUAUAAACAUACCUUUGCACCUGACCAUUAAAGGUGAUAAAGAAGCCGCGAGUCCUCCGUAAUUACCGUUAUUAUCCAGCGCUCGACAUCUCCUGUCACACGGAAAUCAAGAGAUUAGCUCUCGGCCUGUCGAGCUAAAUUUGUGGUUGCAGAGGACGGAGGUGUCCAGAGUUGUCCAUCAUCUUUCUCCGGCAAGAUGUAACACUCUCCAACUAACGGCGUGACUUUGUGUCCAGGCAGAAGAGGGCCUUUCUCGUGUCCACCCGAAUUUCUGUUGAGGAAAAUAAUAGAUAAAUCAGUCAAAAUCGGUCAAAAAAACCAAUGAAUAAAAUGUAAUCGAUAUCAGGAAAGUAAGGAAAGGAAUAUGACUUCGAAAUUGCUACCUGGAAGGUUAUAACGCGGCUGUACGAGUAUGCUCUACCUCAAAACGAAUUAAACAUCGUUGGUACAGGGCACUGUCGUAUCGUGGCACCUUUGCAGAAUGUGUCAGCUAAGAUUACGGACAAGAGUGAAUAAGUAUCAUAGGUGAGGUAAGGUCAUGGGCAGAGAUAACCUCUUAAAUUAUGAUGGAAGUCUAAACAAAUCAUACUACAGAUAAUACCUUAAAUGUCUGAUUGUUUGAAGUUUCUAACAUUUGUUCAGACUUCAUUCAGCGUCUUGUUGAAAGAUUCUGAUCGUCUAUCUAAAUUUUCAGUGUUGUGGUUGAAACCCUAUGGCUGCCUGCCUGAAACCUCACCGUCCUUCCCAUGCAUCAGUAAUUAAACGACUGAGAAUUCAGCUGUCAUAUUAAACUUCCCAGAUAGGCUAAUGGAAGUCUCAGAACUCUGUUUCAACGUCUCUGAUUGACAGACGAAGCUGUAGCGUUCUGGAUAAACAUCACUGACUGACGAGGAGAAGCUGGAAACCUCUAAUUAAACAUCAGUGAUUGGUUUACUAAGCCUUUAAUCCUGUAGUUCAAGGUCUGUGAUUGGCUGUUUCAGCAAGUGUUCCCAGCCAGUGUGCUAAAAUUGAGAAAUUGAUGAUUAUGAGAAAUUCUUAUACAGGUAAGAAAAAUUGUACAGGAAAUCAGGUAAGAAUGCCACUGAGCGUCCCCAUUCACAUUAAAUUACUCUUGAGAUAUAUAGACACAUCCAGAGAGGGAGGGGGCGGUGGAGGAUUUCUAAGGGUUUCUAAGAAACUUCUCAUUUUUGAGAGAAAUGGGGUCUACAGGACCUUAGGUGUAAUUGUUUUCAUAUAACAUGACAAGGCUUUUGCAGUUAGGGAGAGGGGUGGGGGGAAGGUUUAGAAAUUUCUGGGAAUUUUUUUGUCUGUGAGUGAUAAAACAAAAUCUAAUACAGGAAUCAUUUUGUAUUUAACAUGAAAAUACUUUGAUAAUUAAAGAAAGCAUGAGAGAGAGAGUGCAACAUUGUAUUUCACACAGGGGGUAAUCAUAUAAAUACAAAAUGGUAAGUAACGAAAGAAUUACUUCACUCUUCAUCGUGUAGCAAUGAGUGUGUAUGUGUGCACUAGAGAGAGAGAGAGAUUAUCUCCAGACUAUUAUGAGUUGAGUUAUUUGUAAUCACAUUCUCAACUAUAUUUUAAUAACAUAAUAAUAAUAAUCAUAGCGGCAAGAGGGCAAGAAAUUAUUAAGUACAUUAAAAUAAAUCAAUAAAUGCCCAUUGUUUUCCAUAUCAAAUGCGAAUUAUUAAGAUGUUCACAGUGAUAGAUAACAUUAUUGAAAAUAAAACUGACUGGCAAAAAGAGAGAGAGAGAGAGAGAGAGAGAGAGAGAGAGAGAGAGAGAGAGAGAGAGAGAGAGAGAGAGAGAGAGAGAGAGUUUAUUUCGUUAUGAAAGUGCAGUUCAUGUAGCAGUAAUAGACGAAGUAAACGUCCCUCUUAUUGCAUUUUGCUCAAAAUGAAUUACCCGUGAUAGGUAGAGAGAGAGAGAGAGAGAGGCGGGGGAGGCACCAUAUGAUGCGAAAGAAUGAGAAAGAGACGAUGCAAAGGCAUGCAGUAAAUGGCAGAAAACCUGUAUAGUACCUGUAGUAUACCUGCAGAGAGGUUCCACCCCUCUGGCAACUGGGAAAUUACCUUGUCGAACAAAAGAGAGAGAGAGAAAGAGAGAGGCCUUGGGAUGAGAAGAGAUAUGAAGAGACAACUCAAAGGUGUGUGUGUCUUUAUAUAAUAUAGAGAGAGAGAGAGUACCACAAAAGUUACAACAAAAGAUCCCAAAAUCAGAGAAAUAAGAUAAGUAAAUAGAUAACUUGGUAGUCUGUCAAAUUAUGUUGGAGGCUGAGAAAAGAUAUUAAGAGACGACUCAAAAUAUAAAUAAAACUCAAAAUGGGAAAUACAGGCAUCGAGAAAAAUUCCAAAUGUUUGAAAUGAGAGAGAGAGAGAGAGAGAGAGAGAUAGAGCUGCGACCUCUGCCGAGCAUCAAAAGGUUACCCCGGGGCUACCAAAGACGUCGCAAGGGAAAAAAAACUCUGAAAAGUGAAUAUAAUUUUCUUGACGGUUGAAGAGGGUAACUCGAAUGCUUCCAGCAGUUAACUCCCUUCCUCUGAUCGUAAUUGGCGUUUGGGGACGUCCUCGCCGAGUCUCUCGGUUAUCUUUGAUACUUUUCCUGAUAAAUUUUGAUUUUCCAAAGCGGCAAACGAUGGCACGUAAAGUUACAAAAUAGUUAUCCCUGUAUAUCUUAUGUGCCGUGGUAUGAAAAGUACCUUUGGUCUUUGGCAUUUCAACAUUACGAGUUCCUGUGAGUACAAGCUUGUAAAGAUAUACUUUAGGAUAGAAUUUACGUAUUUCAAUAUAUUUCUUUGUGUAUUGUAGGUUCCCAUACUUGCCAGUGAUAUUGCAUUAGUAUAUUUGAAAAUUCUGUUUUUCGAUUUUUCAACAUUUUCAAUGGCUGUUACUAAUAUAUUUCCUUCAUAUUUCUUAUAUAUUGAAGUGAUUAAAGGCAUCAUUGGUAAUGUCAUAUGUUCCCAUAGGGACGCAGAGCAUCUAAAGAAAUUUGAAGAUCACUUUGUACUUUUCUUUUGUAUUCUACAAUAUUUCAAGAUACAUCCUUAAGUAAUGUAGACGGCUGGUUUUAAUUUUUUUUGGGGGGGAUAUCUCAUUAAAUAUUUUAGGAUAUCAAAUACCCAGAGGUAUUUUAGGGUGACCCUAAAGUUAAUCUAGUACUCCCACGUAGGGACGUAGCACUGUCAGUGUACCUUACGCGGUGCACUGUAGGCGUUAGUUAAGGCUCAUUGCAGCGACCCUUCGGCCUCCCCUUCCUGCAACCCCUUUCAUUCCAUUUAUUUUACCUCCAUUCAUAUUCUCUUUCUUCUUGCUAUACACCCUUUCCUAACGAUUGAAUUGAUUCAAGGUGCAGCUGCUAGGUUUUCCUCCUGUUACACCUUUCAAGCCUUUUACUUUAUAUUUCCCUUUUAGCGCUGAAUGACAUCAUUGGUCCCAGCGCAUGGCCUUUGGACUAAAUUCCAUAUUCCUGUUUUCUAUUUCUUACCGAAUUUAGCGCCCUGUCUAGUCUUUUUGCCUGGAAUUUUAUUUAAAAUUUUUAAAUUGUUAUAAAAUUGGGCUUAAUUUGCCCGUCCCAUCGUUCUCGUUAUGUUCUCUUGACAUUAAUGAAAUAUAUGUAAGUAAUAAGAACAAUGAAAGUAUCAGUAACAACGAAUUAAUAUAAUUUCAUUGCGACGCCAUUACCAAGCGCAUUCUACCCUCCCCAAACCAACCAAGUCGAGUCAGCACUUUUCGGGAGCAUUCUACUGCUCUCCGAGACUCUGGGACCAGAGAGGUGUAAUAUCCCCAGGAUAUAUCCCCAAAUCGGGCUGCUGCCGCGGUAUCGCUGUGGCCGGAUGUCACUCUAAUUAAGUUACAUCUCUUUGGCGUGAUAUGAAACCCCCUCCCCUCCCCUCCCCUGUAUCCGCUGGGGCCUGCGUACGGGGGAGGGUAGGUGGGGUAACUGGGGGACGGCGAAAGUGAUUAAUGAGAGAGUCGUAAUGGAUGUUUUAGUUUAUGAAUCAUAAGGCUUGCUGGCUCUCUGCUUCACCCCUUUUUUUUCAUGAGAAUGGGAGAAAUAGAAAGUGGAGAACGAGAGGAAGAUGGAGAUAGGAAGGGGGUUAUUGUGUCUACACAC